UCUUUAGAGAAAGUGAUCAGAACCAAAAUGGAUUCCUCAAGUCUCACUACUCUUCCUGAAGAUGAGACCUCAGAGCAACAAAACCAGCAACCAUCCUCUGCAUUCGCCUCCAAACCCGAUCGCCCUGCGACUCAGAGUUCGUUGCAGAAAUACUCACCGUUGGAAUGGUCGGGCUAUUUUGAUCGAGAGGAUGAUAUUCGUAUUCCGGAUACAGAGGAUGUGUUUCAUGUAUAUCUGGGAGGAACAGAAGGGCCAGUUGUUUUUUGUCUUCAUGGAGGUGGUUAUUCUGGGCUUUCAUUUGCGUUGGCAGCAAGUAAGAUCAAGGAGAAAGCUCGGGUAGUGGCAAUGGACUUGAGAGGACAUGGAAAGUCAGCAUCAGAAAAUGACCUUGACCUAUCUAUUGAGACUAUGUGCAAUGAUGUUUUGGCUGUUUUGAAAUCAAUGUAUGGAGAUUCCCCUCCUGCAAUUGUACUUGUUGGCCACAGCAUGGGAGGCUCUGUCGCCGUGCACGUUGCUGCAAAGAAAUCAUUGCCUAGCUUGGCCGGGCUGGUUGUUGUGGAUGUUGUAGAGGGAACAGCUAUGGCUUCAUUAAUGCAUAUGCAGAAAGUCCUAUCAAGCAGGAUGAAGUAUUUUUCAGGCAUUGCAAAAGCGAUUGAAUGGAGUGUGAAAGGAGGCUCUUUGAGAAACGUGGAUUCAGCUCGUGUAUCCAUCCCUACCACAUUAAAAUAUGAUGAUUCCAAGAAAUGUUAUACUUACCGAGCACGUCUAGAAGAGACGGAACAAUAUUGGAGAGGCUGGUAUGAAGGCCUUUCAGAUAAAUUUCUGUCAUGUCCUGUUCCGAAGCUCUUGCUGUUAGCAGGAACAGACAGACUGGACAGAGCUCUCACAAUUGGUCAAAUGCAAGGAAAGUUUCAAAUGGUGGUUGUCAGACACACUGGGCAUGCUAUACAGGAAGAUGCACCUGAAGAGUUUUCUACUCUGGUACAGAAUUUUAUCACUCGUAAUCGCAUAGGCCCUCAUGGAAUUGAGAUACCAGGUUUCCGUCGGCCAUCCCAGUCACAACCUUGAAUCGGAUGGAAAACCAUACGAUGAACAACCCGUAAGCGACAAUGGACUGAUGUCAUGGCUUUGGCGUUUUUUUGGGGGUGGUAUAAUGGCCUAGGCCUUUUUGGGGUGGUUUAUUUUAUUUUAUUUUUAAACUUCUAUGUUGGUCGGGUGGGGUGGAUAAUGAAGUCACAGAUAAUGAUCAAAAUGCUGUAUAGGAUAGGACAUGCAUUUUCUGAGAUGUCCCAAAUCUUCUGUAAAUAUGUUUUGCGGUUUUCCUUGCUA